ACGAGCAAGGGAGUGAGAUAGAGAAAGGGAGAGAGAGAGAUAAUGCCUUCUGAAUGCAUGAUGAAUUUAGUCAUCAGGCUUAGGCUGACUGGGGGCCGAUCGUAGCUGUGCAGUGCGCAGAGCGAGCGAGCGAACAAGCGUGCGUGUGAGUGAGUGUGUGCGAGACCUUGCUCACAGGCACUCCAUCAUCAGCUAUACCCUGCAGCCUCUCUCACUCUCCUUAUCCUCCUCCUGAAGAGAGAGAGAGAAAGAGAGAAUCACGCAACACGCCAGAAAGAAGAAGUGGAGAAGAUUAAAAAAACUCUCUCCUCUCUGCACUGCUCUUUUGCUGAGCGUGAGAGGGAAGGGAAGAGGGAGAGAGAGGGAGGCAGUGAGCUACAGAAAUAAAACAGUGCUUCUUGUCAUCCGUGCUGCUUUCUCUGCUGUGGCUCCAGCCCAGAGAGCUCUGAUUGUCAGUGCUAGAGCAGUAGCAGUCUCUCUCUCUGCAGACUGCAGCCUGAGGAAGAGAGGAUGCUUAACAACAUGACAGACACCGAGGAGGGAGAGGGGGGACCCAACAACCAGGGCGAUGGGAACCCCAAGGAGAGCAGUCCCUUCAUCAACAGCAGCAGUGCCAGCGACGUGGAGAAGAGCCAGCAGUACGAUGGCAAGAACAUGGCCCUGUUUGAGGAGGAGAUGGACAACAGUCCUAUGGUGUCGUCCAUACUUAGCAGUCUGGCAAACUAUUCCAACCUGCCUCAGGGCAGCAAAGAGCACGAGGAGGCCGAGAAUGAGGAGGGGGCGGCACCAUCCAAAAAAAAACCUGCUGUCAAGGCACCAUCGCUGGGCACUCUGAUGGGGGUGUACCUACCCUGCAUCCAGAAUAUCUUUGGUGUGAUCCUGUUCCUGCGGAUGACCUGGAUGGUGGGCAUCGGAGGGGUCUUUGGCUCCUUCAUCAUAGUCUUCAUGUGCUGCUCCACGACCAUGCUGACAGCGAUCUCCAUGAGUGCCAUCGCAACGAAUGGAGUGGUGCCAGCCGGAGGCUCCUACUACAUGAUCUCCCGUUCCCUGGGGCCUGAGUUUGGCGGAGCUGUCGGAAUCUGCUUCUAUUUGGGGACUACUUUUGCCGGUGCCAUGUACAUCCUUGGUGCCAUCGAACUUCUGCUGAUUUACAUCCUUCCCCAGGCGGCCAUUUUUAAGAUGGAGGGGCUGGAAGGGGCUGAUAUGGAGGCAGCGAUGCUGAACAACAUGCGCGUGUAUGGCACCAUUGUGCUCAGUUUCAUGGCCACGGUGGUGUUUGUGGGGGUCAAAUAUGUCAACAAGCUGGCUCUGGUCUUCCUGGCAUGCGUUAUUCUGUCCAUCCUGGCUGUUUACGCUGGGGUCAUCAAGACGGCCUUUGAACCCCCUGUUUUCCCCGUGUGUAUCCUGGGGAACCGCACUCUGAUCUCCAAGGGAUUUGACGUGUGUGCCAAGGUCAUUGAGAGGGACAAUGGCACGGUCACCACCAAGUUGUGGAAGAUUUUCUGCGACUCGGAGUUCCUCAACGCUACCUGUGAUGAGUACUUUGCCAACAACAAUGUUUCUGAGAUCCAGGGCAUCCCAGGGGUCAGCAGUGGUAUACUGGCUGAGAACCUGUUUGGUUACUACCUGGAGAAGGGAGACUUCUUGGAGAAGCGGGGAAUCUCAGCCAUGCAGGACCCUGACGCUCCCAUCACCAACUCCAACCGUUACGUCCUGGCUGACAUCACCAGCUUCUUCACCCUGCUGGUGGGGAUCUAUUUCCCUUCUGUCACAGGCAUCAUGGCUGGCUCUAACCGCUCUGGAGACCUGCGCGAUGCCCAGAAGUCCAUCCCCAUAGGCACCAUAGCAGCCAUUACCACUACUUCUAUAGUGUACAUGUCUGCCGUGGUCCUGUUUGGGGCCUGCAUUGAAGGGGUGGUCCUGAGGGACAAGUUUGGUGAGGGGGUGAAUGGUAACCUUGUAAUUGGUACCCUGGCGUGGCCUUCACCAUGGGUGAUCGUGAUUGGCUCCUUCUUCUCCACCUGUGGGGCAGGGCUUCAGAGUUUGACUGGAGCGCCACGCCUCCUGCAGGCCAUCUCCCGCGAUAGCGUAAUCCCUUUUCUUAAAGUGUUUGGGCAUGGCAAGGCCAACGGAGAGCCUACCUGGGCUCUACUCCUCACAGCCAGUAUCUGUGAGAUCGGCAUCAUCAUCGCCUCUCUGGACGCUGUUGCCCCCAUCCUCUCCAUGUUCUUCUUGAUGUGCUACAUGUUUGUUAACCUGGCCUGUGCCCUGCAAACUCUGCUGAGAACCCCCAACUGGAGGCCUCGCUUCAAGUUCUACCACUGGGCUCUCUCCUUCCUGGGCAUGAGCUUGUGUCUGUCGCUCAUGUUUAUCUGUUCCUGGUACUACGCCAUUGUUGCCAUGGUGAUUGCUACCUGCAUCUACAAAUACAUUGAGUUCGCUGGGGCAGAGAAGGAGUGGGGAGAUGGUAUACGUGGCAUCUCACUCAGCGCUGCUCGCUUCGCCCUCAUGAGGCUGGAGGAGGGACCGCCUCACACCAAGAACUGGAGGCCUCAGAUUAUGGUUCUGGUGAGCAUGGAUUCAGAACAGAAUGUGGAGCAGCCCCGUCUGCUGUCCCUGACCAAUCAGCUGAAAGCAGGAAAAGGUCUUACCAUCGUGGGUACCUCAGUGGUGGGCACCUUCCUCAACAACCAUGCAGAGGCCCAGAAGGCAGACCAGUCUUUGAGGAAGCUGAUGGAGACAGAGAAGGUGAAGGGUUUCUCCCAGGUGGUGAUCUCCUCCAACCUGAGGGAUGGAACCUCCCACCUGAUCCAGGUAGGGGGGCUGGGAGGCCUGAAGCACAACACUGUGCUGGUCAGCUGGCCACGCACCUGGAAACAGGCCGAGGACAACCUGCGCUUCAGGAACUUCAUCGAGGUGGUUAGGGAGACGACUGCAGCCAGCAUGGCUCUGCUGGUCCCUAAAAACAUCGCUGCCUACCCGUCGAACGGAGAACGCUUCACUGAAGGCCACAUUGACGUGUGGUGGAUCGUCCAUGAUGGAGGCAUGCUGAUGCUGCUGCCCUUCCUUCUCCGCCAGCACAAGGUUUGGAGGAAGUGUAAGAUGCGCAUCUUCACCGUGGCCCAAAUGGACGACAACAGCAUCCAGAUGAAGAAAGACCUGAUCACCUUCCUGUAUCACCUGCGUAUCGAUGCCGAGGUCGAGGUGGUGGAAAUGCAUGACCGUGACAUCUCAGCCUAUACAUAUGAGAAGACCCUGGUGAUGGAGCAGCGCUCCCAGAUCCUCAAACAGAUGCACCUCACCAAAAAUGAGAUGGAGAGAGAGAUCCAGAGCAUCACUGAUUCAUCCCGUGGUUCUAUCCGUCGUAAGAACCCGUCUAACUUGCAGUCUCAGCAGAGCAGUGAGGAGCCGGCAGGAGUCAGCGUGGAGGAGACACCAGAGGAGGAGUCUGUGGCUGUCUCCCGCCCUAAACAGGUGCAGUUGAUCCACAAUAAGAACCCCACGUCCCCCACCACGCCCGCAGGGAGCGCUGCCACUCCAGGGUCGGAGGUGCAGAUGACCUGGACAGACAAGGCUGAGACCCAGGCUGCAGCAGGCCACCCAGAGCAGGGCGGGGUCAAAGACAUCUUCAACAUGAAGCCGGAGUGGGAGAGCCUGAACCAGUCCAACGUGAGGCGCAUGCACACAGCACUGAGGCUCAAUGAGGUCAUCAUGAAGAAGUCCAAGGAGGCCAAGCUGGUGCUGCUCAACAUGCCUGGACCACCCAAGAACCGCAUGGGAGAGGAAAACUAUAUGGAGUUUCUGGAAGUCCUCACCGAGGGUCUCAACCGGGUCCUCCUAGUACGUGGUGGUGGACGCGAGGUCAUCACCAUCUACUCCUGAGAGACCUCAAAUCAAAUCCACACACCUUCACCUUGCAGCUUAAUGGUUUAUUGCCCCUGCUUCCACUCUCCCUGCACCUUUACUUCAGUCACAUCCCUCACAUCCCACCAACACCCCCCCCCCCACACACGCACACACACACACACACACACACACACACACAUAAACCCAUCCCAUAACAUAUCAGCUCACUUUGCACUACGUAGUUAGUACCCCCCCCCAAAGGCACCAGCUGAAUUCUACUUUACUCUCAAUCACCUCUACCAGCAUCAUGUCUGCUCCUCUCAUCAUCUAGAAAGCUGUGGCAUCAAACCUGUUUAGGUUCUUCAAUGGCUAUCAGAUCACUAGAUGUCAAAUGGCACAUGAGUUUCUUCUCAUACAGAGGAGUGGACAUAUUCAAAAGACAAAUUAUUCCCCAAACUAGAGGUCAGAUGUUUUUGUUGUGUUUGUCCUUGUGUUUUAUUUGAUCUGUCUGUCAAUCUUGUUGCUUUUCUUAUUAUUUUUGUAGGGAUGUGGGUUACUUGCAAGAGAAUGAUGGAUAUAUUCUCAUUGCUGGUCUAUUUCAUGUUUUACUUUUUAUUUAUUUAUGCAUACAUUUAUUUUGAGAAUACAGUUAAUAUGUGUUUUGUUGUGCAUUUGGUUGUUUUAUGUUAUGUACGAUAUGAUGUGUUGAAGUCAUUGAGGGAAGAGGGUGGGUCGAGAAUUCAUCAGUCAUCAGCAACAUGUCUUCCUAUGGAUUGUCACCUUGAGGACACCUGAGCAGCAGUGAAGUAUAUUACAGUCGGAAGGAAGGAGAGAGGAACAGAGUUCAUACCAGUCAAUUCACAGGCGGUAUUUGAAAUGUACUUAAUGAAUUGAAUACAUUUAAUUUGUCAUUGAACUGACUCAAUUAUGAUGGAGUUGGUGUUGAUCACAACCCUGGCUUUUUAUACUUUGAUACUGUGAAGAAACAGUACAAUGAAAUAUUUGAAGUUGCUAAGAGACACAUCAUGACCUCAACCUUUGACACCCCCCCCAAAAAGCUGAUUACUGUAAAUAGUGUCCUUUGUCCAAUCAUUUAAUACAUAUUACUACUAGCUAUACCUUGCGAGUGCUGACAAGACUUUUAGGUGACAUAAACUAUUGUUAUAACAGUGAAGAAACCGUGAACAAUGUAUUGAUAUAAAGUAGAUAAUAAUUGCAAGAAACUACUGUGUUAUAAUCUAAAACAAAAUUAUAUUUGUUUAAUACUAUCAUACCAAAUGGCAAACAUUUCAAUAUUUUACCAUGUAGUAGUUUACAUAAGAAAAUGUGAAUUGCUAAUUUAGAGACACUCAGAAAACUAUGUUUGUGAUACAUUGAUAUAUUUUUAGUAAAUACAUAUGUUUUUCUUCAUCAUGAUUUGGUUUACACUAAUUCCAGUCUAGAAAUGUGAAUUCUAUAAUUCUUGCCAAAUACAAACAUACAAAUUGUGCCAUAUGAAAAUAACUUUUUGAUACAAACCUCUUUGUAGUACCAAGGCAAAACUGUGUAUUGAAUUGACUAUGUUUAAGGUGGAAUUUAGCAGUGAAAUUACAACUGGUUUGAAUGAAUAGUUUUGAACCCAGCAUUACUGCGAAUCUUCACGACUUUGUACUAGAAUGGGAAGAAACAUAAUUUAUUUUCAAUGUGGCACAGCUAUUUAUUUGCUAAAUAUAAUAUUACUGUCAAUUCCUAAGUUCUGCACAUUUACAAGGUCAUGUCUAAAGCAUCAAUCCUGAACUAAUACAUGAAUCAUAUUAAUUAUUUUUGUAAACAAAUAUUAUAUGGAAAUAGAUACAUAUGUGUACAUACAGGUCGACCUCAUAUUUGCAAGUAUUUCACAUAUUAGUUUCUGUGCAGUGGAGGGCACUGUUUACCAUGUGGUAGAAACAUAUGAUAUAUUAUAUAAAGUCUAUCUAUAUAAAUAACUCAAUUAUUUUUUGUAUUAUAUUGUUUUCAAAAGAAAAUGAUUGAAUUUUAUUUAUUGAAUAGUUUACGUAGAAACUGGAUAUUUUGUGUGUGAUGUGCACUGAAAUGUAUGUGAAGGAUAUCGUUUAUCUAACAUAUGACAUAUUAUAGAGGUUGUAAAAUUUCAAAAGCUGCUAUACUGAUCCAUGUGUAAAUAUUGAACCAAAAACAUAUGGGGGAGUAGGAAGGGCAUACAGGGUUGGGGUGACUUGAAUAGCAAGGCAGGGUUGUUUGACACUAGUCAGUGGUUUUCAACACUGUCCUUGAGGUUCAACAGUCAGCUACAUUUUGCUCCAACAAAUCACAUAGUCAAUGGAGUUGUUAACUGACUAUUGAUGUUGACAUGAUGCUGUUUUUGUGAGAGAAAAUAUAUAUUCAAAAGAAUUCACAGCUGACAUUAGUCAAACAACAUCUCCACUGAGCAUUAUUUAGUUGGAGCAAAUGCAGCCAACUUGAGGACCAACAUUGACAAAUAUUGCUCAAUAUUAAGUUUAGAUUGAAGACCUGAAACAAUAAUUUGAACUAGAUAUCUAAGGGCAGUUCUGAGGGCAGAUAAAGAAAAUAUAAUGAGUUUAUUUGAGAUAUAAAAUAUUUAGGUGUUUCCCAAAUAGAUUUUAAAAUAUGCUGAAAUCGGUGAGGGGACUGACCUUUUUAGGUGUUUGACUGGUCCCUUAGAUCCCAGUAAGACACACCAGCAAGUUUUGUUGACAGCUCUUAGCUGGGGAAGAGGUGAUUAGGUCUGGGGUCUUUCUAGAAGUUAGUGGAAAAUAGUUAUCCUCACUCAGCACACUUACUGUCUCACAAAUACUACCUACAAUCAAAAUAAUAUAAUCUUGGAAAUAUUUAGCUAUACAGUAUAUAUAUAACUAUUUAAAUAAAAUCUAAAAUACUAUAAUGUAUAUACAGUAACUCAAAAUAUUAAUAUGAUAUGACUUGUCUGAAAGAUGACGGUUGAAAAUAAUGUAUUAUAUCCCUGUUUGCAUGGUGUUUGUAACAGUAGUUUCAUAUGGUCUUCUUACUUUUUAUUCUCGCUGAACUCUUAUUUGGAUUGAGUAAUGCAUAAAGUAAAUUGUCCAAAGUGUAUCUUUUAAGCUCAAAAUAGGUAAUUGUUUAGUCUUGGAAAACCCAGACACAGCAGGAACAUUGUUUACAUUGGGGGAGGCAACCCGCCUGCCUACGGAGACUAGUAAUGUAUUCAAUAUGUUUGGCCUCAGUCAUCAAUUAACUACUGAAAACAUUAAAAGAUAUGGCGAUUUGGAAUAUGAAUUUUUGUGUCAACUGGGGAUCUAUGCAUUUCAAACCUACUGUAAACCUAAAACAUAAGACAUUUCUUGGACAUAUAUUUUGUCCGAAUAUGAGCAAAGUUCAGCUGUGUCCAUCCAGAAAAUCUACAGUUUGACAUGGUUGAAAGAUGUUAUCCGGGCUUGGGAGUACACUGCUGAGCCUAUUGUUGUUGCAUGAAGCUGAAGUUUCAAAUGCUGCAAUCUUCCGAAUCAAGUAGAUCCAUAGCUUUUUUGUGUGUGGAGUUAUUGGGUACAUGAGAUGACGAGUGUUGGAGCCAUAGAACUAUAGAACUAGAAUAUCUAUGUUUGGAAAAUGGCUGUGUGUUGGCACAUGGAUGUCCGUUGUGCAGAUCAUCUGUAUGUUUGGCUACAUAUGGUUCUUAGAUAUGUGGUUUCUAUAGACACAUAAAAUCCUCCCUUAUAACCAACCAACCUACUGAUUCACCAGCAGUGUGACUGUGGUAGUUAUUAAUAUUAUCAAAGACAACAAAACCAGGGCUUCCACCUUUGGCAGAGGCCAGAGAGACCUUUACAGUAUGGUAUUAUAUUCACAUGUUUGAUGACUCCAUCUCUAGAAGGGAGAGGGAUGUCAGUGACAGAAUUGUUGCAGUAAAGCUACCAUCCUUCAGGUGUUUCCCAAGUAUCCUGUCCCAAAUAUCAGGGCUGUCAGAGUUAACUUGAGUUAACUCUUUGUAAUUUUAGUGUACUAAUUAAUUGCAUUGUCUGGAAAUGUUCAAAAUACCUAAUAUAUAUAAAUAUACCUAAUAUAUAUACCUAAUGUACCUAAUUUUGCUUACCGUUAGUUUGGACAAAAUCAAGGUGUCAAUAUUAUUGUAAUGCUUUUUCUAUAAAAAAAUCUUAAAUUACUGCUCAAUUUGAGUUAAUUCUGAAUUUGCGAUUAAUCACAGCAAAUCCUGCAAUUUAAUUCGAUUAAAUGUUCUUAAUUGUUUGACAGCCCUAGAAAUAUACACUGAGUGUACAAAACAUUAGAAACACCUUCGUAUUAUUGCGUUGCACCCCCUUUUGCCCUCAGAAAAGCCUAAAUUUUUCGAAGCAUGGACUCUACAAGGUGUUGAAGCAUUCCACAGGGAUGCUGAACCAAGUUGAGUCCAAUGCUUCCCACAGUUGUGUCAAGUUGGUUGGAUGUCCUUGGGUGGUGAACCAUUCUUGAUACACAUAGAAAACUGUUGAGCGUGAAAAACCCAGCAGCGUUGCAGUUCUUGACACACUGAAACCUGUGCCCCUGGCACCUAGUACCAUACCCUGUUCAAAAUCACUUAAAUAUGUUGUCUUGCCCAUUCACCCUCUGAAUGGCACACAUACACAAUCCAUGUCUCAAUUGUCUCAAGGCUUAAAAAAUCUUUCUUUAACCUGUCUCCUCCCCUUCAUCUACACUGAUUGAAGUGGAUUUAACAAGUGACAUCAAUAAGGUAUCAUAGCUUUCACCUGGACAGUCUGUCAUGGAAAGAGCAAUGUUUUGUACACUCAGUGUACAUUAGAAACCUUCUCUUGAGUAAAAAAAGAUGUCAGAUAAUCUAAAUCUUUUAACAAACAGGGUGUGAAAAGGGCUCUCAAAUCCAUGUAUCCUUACCCUGUUACAUUAGACCUUUACUUGCGCAGACUACAUUGAAGUUAUGAAAGUGUGCAUCAGGAAUGCACUUCUGUUUACAACCCUGUAAAAGAACCUGAAUAAACUCGGCCAAUUUGUUUAGACCAUUUAUUCAUUUAUAAUCCAACAUGUUAUAUUGCUGAGAGGCUAUUUGUGUCAGUCCAAAGCAGGGACAGGCUUUUCACUGUGAUAGUUCUAGUGCAUAUGUGCACAAUUGUGAAUAUUGUGAUUGGUUUAAUGCAUGCACGUAAUGUAUACUGCAGUGUGUUUCUGCAAUUUAAUAUUCAGCAUUUAAUUUAUUUUUAUUUAUUUAUUUUACAAUUUAAGUAAAGAAUUUGUGGCCACAAAAAGUAAAUCACAGUGGUAAUAUAACUGCAAUGGUCUUACUGUGCACAUUUGCUCAAUAAUUGUUGAUACAUGUUGAUUUAGAUUGAAAAUGAAUCAUUAUGAAAUUAUUUAACUGCAACACUGAGUUUGCCCCCAAUACAAUUAUGUCAGCGGCUUUCAGUGUAAUCAAAAGUCACAGGGGAAAUACAACUUUAAUCAAUCAUAACCCUUGUGAAGGGCUAUUCAGUCCAAGGAAAUCUAGACCCAUAAUUCUAUUCGUAGAACCUUCCUCUACAUCUGUGUCUCAAAUGACACCCUUUAUUUGCAAUGUUGGGCACUUUUGGACUUGGUCAAAAUCUGUGCACUAUAUGGUGAAUUUGAAAGAAAAAAACUGCCAUUUUAUGUACAAGCUCCAACUGCUGUAUUGCACUUCCACCCAUAUUCUUCUAAAAUACCAAUUAUUUUUCAUACAGACCUAUUCUUGAUUAAGCAAGGAACUGUUUUGCUGUUUUAACUGAGGACUGCAUAGUGUGAGGGGGAUUUUGUAGCUUUUACUGAGAAUGGACUACUGUGUGUUCUCUAUUCUGGUUUCCUAAGACUUUAGAACCUAGUAUAUGCAUGUAGAUGUGCCGUUUUCAUGACAGUAAAGUAAACCUCAACACAUUGUAUUAAUGUUGAAUAAGCCACCUUUUUUUUAGAAGGUUGAAUUUUUGUGCAACCCUCAUGAUUCCUUCAUCAUCUCGAGAAGUGUGAGCACUUAACGCAAGCAGGAGAAAAAAACAAAAGCUAGUGUUUCUAAAUCUUCACGUAUGAUACUGUAUUUAUACUUGGUCCAUAAGAGCAUUGUAAUGCAUUUUUAAAUGUAGACCUUUAUGUAGAUCUAUGAAUAGCUAUCUUGAUUAGUAAUUGUUUUGUGUUCACAAAUUUAUGUUCCCUCUCCGAGGAACAAGAGUGAUGAUGUAGAAAAAAAUGUAGUGGCGUGUUCAGAUAUGUCUGUGUGUGCAGUGUGUGUGGGUGUAUGUGUAUGCAUGUGUUUGUUUGAGAGAGGACAUUGUAUUUAACGAAAAGACGAAGAAUAAAGAUGGGACAUCUGUAAAUAAAACAGUAAUUAUCAAAGUAGAGCUUAGAUGUUUAAUUUGUGUGUCAAUGCAAGUUUAAUAUUUUACAGAUAUAGAACUAUGUAUUCUCUAUUGUGUUCAAUAAUGAUAUAUAAACAGUUGUUUUACUGUGUUGUUUUACCAUGUCAAAGGCGUAUACAUCAAUGGCUAAUGGUUUCCUCAAACCAUUUUAUAGUUUUGUCUGCACAAAAUGCAAUAAACUGAAGUCAUUUUAUUAAAA